GCAUCACACUUGCAAUCACAUCCUCACUACCUUUUCAAUACAAUUCAUCACCUCCUCCCGCCCUUGCCUCCCACCCGAUUCAAAAUGCGCUUCUCCGUUCUCAGCACUGCGGUUGCCGCCCUCGCCGCUUGCAGCGAUGCUGUCCAGGCCGCGCUUACGCCUGCUCAGAUGGUCAGCAACAUCCAGGUGAUCACUCAGAAGUCUAUGGCUCUUCAGGGACCGGCCCAGCAGAUCAGCAUCAUCAAUGGUCCCCUGAUUGUCAUCGGACAGGGCCCGUUUCCCGCCCUCAUCGUUGGUUUUACCGACAUUGUGUCGACCGCCACAACCGCCAUUACCCAGAUGCAAGGCAGCGAGCCCGUCACCGCUGCAGCCGAUGCGACUGCCAUCUUUGAGGCCUUCCGCGAGUUCGUCCGCGUCCACCAGGCUCUCCUGAACAUCCUGAUUGGCAAGGCCGGCCUCUUCAACACCAUCCCUUUCGUCGGCCAGCCGAUCGCUGCCGUCCUCCGCCAGGUUGAGGGCGUCGUUGAUACUAUCGCCUUUAGCCUGAUCGACCUCGUAGAGUCUCGUGCCCAGGAUCUCCAGCGUGAGGCCAACAGCCUCGGCAUGACCAUCACCACGGCCAUUGACUCUUACGAUGGUCUCAGCUUGAGCAAGGCCAAGCGCGGCCUUGUCCGCAGCAACUCUUUCCGUGCCGUGCGUGCUUAAACACCCGGUCUGCUGCCCCAUACACAGUCAGGUUCUAUACAAGGGCAUUGCCUCGCUCGGAUAGCACUGUCUGUGGGUAUGGGUACCCAUGACCGAAGGUCGUGAUCAGAGUUCUGGAGGACGAUGGCGAGCAGCCAGUGGCGAUGCGGAAUAUGCUGGAU